UCCCGGCCCCUCCCGGGCUCCGGGCGAGACCCUGCAGCGAAGUGGGCGCGGCCAGCUUGGAACCUGGGUGGGGAGGGUCGCAGGGUCGCCAGCUCGCCCCGCGCCUGGACCCCCACGGCAAAGGGGGCCUAGCAAAAGCCCCCAGCGUCUGAGGCCGGGGGAGGGUCCUCCCGACCCCCCAGGCCCGCGUGGUCGGGCCCUGCAGGGCGGGAGGCGCGGCGCGGGGCGGGGCCGGUGACUGGACGCGGAGACCCCGCGGGCGGCGGGAGGGGCACGAGGCGCGCGUUUCACCCGAGCCCGGCCCGCGCCCCGAUACGGAGCGAUGCCGCUUGGCCUGGCCGUCCCCCGCGAGCACGGCGCAGGAGACGAAGCCCGCGCGUGACCCCGCUCCCGGUGACCUCAGAGCAGCAGCUCUGAAUCUGCCUCUCGUUUGACGACUGCUGCUGCUGCCACCAGCCUCUGUCCCCUGCCCAGGCCUGUCACAGGGCUGCCUCUCAGCAGGGGCAGUCGAAUGAAAGAGGGCAUGUCCAAUAACAGCACCACUAGCAUCUCCCAAGCCAGGAAAGCUGUGGAGCAGCUAAAGAUGGAAGCCUGUAUGGACAGGGUCAAGGUCUCCCAAGCAGCUGCCGACCUCCUGGCAUACUGUGAAGCUCACGUGCGUGAAGACCCUCUCAUCAUCCCAGUGCCUGCAUCAGAAAACCCCUUUCGCGAGAAGAAGUUCUUUUGUACCAUUCUCUAACCCUGUUGGUGAUGAAAAUGCCUCCUUUUCUGACCGUCAAAGUCCCCUGUAGAGACCAUGCAUGCUCUAAACCUUAGGGAGCGAGACCCACACCCAUCCCUGCCCAGCCGAGGGUGGCCGGGGCCUGUCUUAUGUUUACAUCUGUUUUCUUCAUGGCAUUCAAUUUCUUUCUUUUUUUUUUUUUAACAUUUUCAUGUUAUUUUCAUUUUUGGGAAAGAAAAUUAACACUUUUAUAGCCAAAUAACAAAUGUGCCAUGUAAAAAUAAGCCUGGACUUAAGAGUUUAAAAUUUUUAAACAUCAAUUCCCAAGUUUAUAUCACAUUAAUACACUUCAGUGGAUAACUUACUUUUUUAAAAAAAACUAUGCCUAAAUAUCCCUCAUUUACAAUAUUCAGUAUCAAAUUAGAGCAUUUUGACCAACUGAAAUAUAUAAAGUUUUUAUCUCCUUUCCUGGAGAAAGCAGCUGCGGAAGUUCUCAAUUCUGUUUUCCAUCCUCCUAGUAAAAAGACAACAACUCACAGGAUUGGACUGGUUUUCUUUUCUUUUCUUUCCCUUUCUUUCUUUUUUCUCUCUCUCUUUUUUUUUUUUUUUUUUUUGAGACAGAAUUUUACUCUUGUUGCCCAGGCUGGAGUGCAAUGGCGCAGGCGCAGUGUCAGCUCACUGCAACCUCUGCCUCCUGGGUUCAAGCGAUUCUCCUGCCUCAGCCUCCCACAUAGCUGGGAUCACAGGUGUAAGCCACUGUGCCCAGCCUGGAAAGGUUUUCUUAGCGUGUCCUCCCAGGGCCGUGGUGCCCAGAGCCCGGUGAAUGUCCCUUGUUUCCCAUCGGGUGUGGAGUGGUCCUUCUGCAAAGGUGGACCGUGGGCGGACAGCAAAGCCAAUUUGACUGUGAAAGUGCACCAGGCCGCUGACGCAUCGGAGCAGACCUGUGCGCGCAGCCUCCCCUCUCCAAAUGCCACCUCUCCCUGCUCCCUUCUCUUUUGGCUCCUACUCAGUAGUUCCAGCAUGGGCUGCAUUAAUAAAAGUACCGGUUCUGGACACAGCACUGGGCCUGUUGGGGUUUUACUACAGCAGCCCCUCCCCUGCGGGAACAAGUCAUGGUGACAGCAGCCCUCUGUGGGCUCCCCAGUCAUCUGAGCAUUGCUGUGCAUUAAGGUAUUUAAUCUUCCAACAAUAAAUACCAUAAGAGUAUGUCUAUUUUA